AUGUCUCUUUCAACUGUUUUCAACAAUAUACAUCAGAUGUUAAUUGUGGCUGGAGUUAGUGUUGUUCCGAGAUUUGAUGCAAAUGGAGAUGGUAAGAUAUCAAGCACAGAGUUAUCAGAUGUAUUAAAAGCACUUGGAUCCGAGACAUCACCAGAAGAAUUGAAACAAAUGAUGGAUGAAAUUGAUAAAGAUGGUGAUGGAUUUAUAGAUCUGGAAGAGUUUAUUGAUUUUCAUCGUGGUACUACUGAUGGAUCUAAUGUUGCUGAUGGGAUUAGAGAAUUAAAAAAAAAUGCUUUUGAUAUGUAUGAUUAG